UGCCAGCCGGCGAAGAGUCCACAACGCACGAGUGUCCAAUAGUAAAGAAGAUGCCCUCCCUCUGGCUGUUUAUCUCGAUGGUGGCUUUGGUUAGCUGUCAGGACUACCAUUACCAGCGACCACACACUCCCUUCUUUGCGGAAACCGCACGGCCGCAGCCCCAGACCACCAGGUUUGUGGUGCAGACCUUGGGUCGCACUUACGGUUUGGAAACGCAGAGGGCUCCGGCUGUCUAUGAGGAUCAUCAGACGCAGAUUGUCCAGGUUUUGGAGCAGCGACAGGUGCCGCAGUAUCAACAGCAGCAGCAGUAUGCCUAUCAGCCGCAGCAACAGCUGCACACCUCCAUCUACCAGAAUCCCCUGCUGGCCAGAACUAACUACCAGGCUCCAGUUCCCGCUGCUCCUGCCCCGCCUCCAAACUACUAUGUGCCGCCCCAGCAACCUCAGCAAUCGCAACUUCAGCCCCAGCAAACUCAGGCCCCCAAUUACUACCCUCAACAGCAGCCGGCUGCCCAACCUCCAGCUACUUAUUUGCCACCUCAGCAGCCUGCCCAGAAACUGUUCUUCGGCAAUCCCUUUCCCUAUUCGUCCGUGACCACCGGCUCGGGAAACCAGGUCCUGGAUGCAGGACAUGGCUCUGGAGUGGCGCCCAACGAGGUGCAACAGCAGCUGAUACAGGCCACGGGAUCGGUGCAACCGGAAACCCGAGUGGGUGACCAGGUGGGUCAGUCGCAGAGCUCCAGCCUGGAUGGCUUCGACUACAAGCAGACCGUGCCGGGCGACACCAGGGAGUACCAGAGGUUCGUGACCAGCUGUCCAGGUGGUGGCCAGUGUCAGCAGAAGGAGCUGAGUCCCGGCGAGGUGGACGACAGCCACAAGAAGGUGCUGCAGACGGCGAGGGCCUCCACCCAGCCACGUGUGGAGGGCUGUUUCAAGAGCCCGGUGAUCUAUGUGCCAGUGGGUGCCGCUGUGAAUGCUCAGGGACAGCUGCGACCAAAGAAUCGACGUGCCAACGAGCGCCAGGAGCAGGUCCUCUCCAGAUAUCCUUACAACUAAAUCCCCUCUCUCUCUAAACACUCUCCGAAUUUCACAUCGAAUUUAUUAGUUGUUAUUAGUUAGUUGUCUGUUCGUUGAUUGUUGUAAAUAAAUCGAUCGAAGUUUAAAUUU